AUGCAAUAUUCAACAAUAAAAGUCAUAGGAUUUGUAUUUCACUGUGUCGUUCUUGUUAUAUCAACCGAUUUCGAUAAUGCACACGUCAUGGGAGUACCCCAAGUCACAUGCUCAUCCAAAGUAAUCACUGUCAAUUUUAACACAAACAUUCCAUUUCAAGGAAGGAUAUCAGUAUAUAACAAAUUAUUUAUACCCGCUUGUAAUCAUGAUUAUUCAACAAACAUUCAAAAGAACGCCACAUUUCAAAUGGAUAUUUUGAAAUGUGCAGACUCGUCAUUUUUGAAGAAUGGAUCUCGAAUAUUGAGAGCUUACGUGGAAAUCGGUUUCCACCCAUUGGUCAUGACAAACAGUGAUCGGACGUUUUUAGUGGAAUGUCUAGACAAUACAAUUCUGCCGAUUGUGAAUGUUGCUCAAAGCUUUGCAGACUGUACACAUUUGGUGAGAAUGGCAUCUCAAUGGAGUAGCAUGACAGAAUUUGAAGUUGGAGAUGCAAUUGUGCAUGAAUGGAGUUGCAAGUUACCGAAUCCAGGAAAAACCCAAACAUUCCUAACCAAUUGCAAUGCACUUUCUCAAAAUGGACAAAUCAUCCAUCUUAUUGAUGAGAAUGGAUGCGUCAUUGAUUCCGAAUUAAUGGGCGAUAUCGUCUACAAUGAUCAUGUGCCAAAAUUAUAUGCGAGAGCCAGAAUAUUCAAAUUUCUUACGGAUGACAAAUAUCGAAUAGAGUGUACAUUGGAGUUUUGUAAUAAUGGAUCACCAUGCAAGGAACGGGGUUUUCCUCCAAAGUGUGCAUAUACAAAGGAGGAGAUCACAAAUCGAGCAAUACGAAAUCAGCUGGAACAGUCCAGCAUGACAACGAUGCAAGGUGUUCCCAGCAGUGCAUACGAUUCCAAGUUGAAAGUCAGCUCAGCAUGGCUUUCCAUAAAACUAAAUCAGUACACCGAGACCAGGAAUCUUCAUCAGAGGUACCACUUGAAAACGUUCUUGGACCCAACCCUUCAUGAUGUCAUUCCACUUAACGCCGCUGAUCAUUUCCUAAUGGGGAUUUCUUAUCGAGAACCGAUUCCUAAAAUAUCAUCCUCAAGCGAUGCCCAUCCGGACAACAAUAGAGUAGAAGGGGCCCGCAUCCUCCAUUCUUCCGCUUUCCAACCAAUCAUCAGCCCUCCAAUAGACUCACAUGAGGAGUUUAUUGAAACAAUAACCUUUGGAAGUAAUUUGAAUUCUGAGCCAAUUGUGAACGUGCAAAAAGAAAUGCAUCUGCAGAAAGAGCCAAUGCACAAAGUGUUGAUGCACAAGGAACCGCUGAAAAUUGAACAAACAGAAAAAUUCAUGAAGCUUGUGCAGAAUAAGGACGGAAAUAGUAAUGGAACGGAGAUGGAAACAACUCAAUCUCCAUUGGCUUUUUCGUCAACAACUCCGAGUUCAACUAUAAUGGUUACAACGACCACCAAGACAAGCAAAUCCCACAAAUCCUUCAAGGAUGCGGAACUCGAAAAGUUUGAGAAAUCGGAGAAAAAGGGAAACAAUGCACUUGUGGAAAUGACUCAAACAACACCUGUCCCUGCGGUCAACCUGAAAUUUUAUUCCACCACGGCUUCCACAAAGAAGUUGACGCCAACAACUCCAUAUGCAACACCGGCAGCUGCAUCUAUUGAGAGUAGUACACCACUUCCGAAUUCAACAAAAUCAACAACCAGAAAUGUAACCCAUAGCGUGCCCACUGCGAAGAAAUAUGACAAAUUCGUGAACAAUAACGCCGACUGGAGAUUCGAUGACAAAGCAAUCAACGAUAGCGAUAUAGUCUCGGAGAAACAAACUUCCGCAUGCUUCAACGCUACAAUCAUUUCAUCCCAAAGACAGUGCAAAUGGUCGGGAGUUGAGCAUCUACUAUUGAUCUGGUCAUUCGCCUCACUCAUUGUUUGGAUGAUGUUGAUUGCAUUAUUUCUGUACAGAUACUCAAGUAGAAAACCCCAGUGGAUUGGGUUUAGGGAACAAGAGUUGCGACGAGUCACACAAUCACGAGUGCUGAGUCAAGAUCAUCCAUGGCUGCAUGCGGACGCUUUUGAGGAGAGGAAUCAGAAUAAGAACGAGAUAGAGAUCAACCAUUUCACAUAG